AUGUCGGAACCUGAAAGAGCGUCAAUAGAAUUUGUAUCCGAGAGCGAUUCCAUCGAUUUUGGGAUUAUGAUGAAAAAGGGGGUUAAGGCUCUAACGGAUAUACUGGCAAAUCAUCUGCAACAUGACCCGGAGUGGAAAAAUGAAAGGUCAAUGAAGUUUGUGUUCAAAAAUCAGAAUGGAGAGCUGCAACCGGUGCUGAAUAGAACGGCAAGGCUCGAGGACGAGGGCGUGGGGCCGUCUCCGGACGACGGCCAAGUGGUAGACGGAGAGGAGACGGCAAGCGAGCAAGACAAACUGGCAGAGGCGAACUGCAGCGACGGUAGCAGUACCGGUGACCUGCAGCUGGACGACCCGGAAAGCGAAGUGCUGUUCGACUACAGCCUUGACCACCUGCCGAACAUCUCCUACACUCCAGACCCCACGAUCGGGAAGCAUGUGAUGGAGAUGAUAGAGAGCCUGCUUCCGAAGGGCGCUCCCUAUCGGGAAAAAGUGCUCAAUACAAUGAAAAACAACGUCCAGGGCGCCGGCAUGUCAACUGCCGGGACUGCUGCUGUAGAAACUAUCCAGCACACUGCAGGCUCCACAAUAUCGGAACCGGCAAUGUCGUACGAGUGCGAUCGGGACUUGGGUAUCGCCGAGUCAGAUGACUGGGAGCACCAGCAAUUUGCGCAGCCACAUCACGGCACUUUGGAGGCAGAUACAGUCGCAGAGGGGCACCACAGAUGCCAGUCGCGCAGCAGCGAAUCUCAGCACGCAGGCCAUCAGCGAGCAGGCCAGGAGUACCUCUACGAGUGCAAGCCCAAGGCACGACCGGACUUCCACGCCCUCACCAUGUUUGAUCCACUGGAACAGCCUCUCUGUAUGUUCUGCGAAUACUAUCUGGUUUUCGGAGAGCCACCGCGACAGAUGAUCAAGUGGUACAACAAGUAUGGCUCAUCAUCAGGAGGUCCCUCCGCAGGUAGCCAACAGGGUAAUAAGGGCUGGAAUGGCAAUAAGAAAAAGAAGAAGAAAAAGGGCAAGAAAGGUAAACGCUAA